AUGACUGAAUUAAUGACAACAACAAUGAAUGAUGGUAUGCUCAUCGAUAAAACGAUUCAAGAUCAUCUUGAAAAAAUUCCAAUUUAUCUAACAAAAGAAAAUAAAACAUUUCAAUCCAUCAUUGAUCAAGCAUUAGGUAUGAUGAAUAUAUCAUCAAUAGCCGAAGAUAAUAUACGUGAUAAUUUACAACAUACAAGUAUUCUUAUCUACAAAAUGCAAAUUCUAUCAAUGUAUCAUUUAUUAUGGACAUCAUAUUGGCAAUCAGGUCUUGGUCAAUUGAUUAAACAAACACCGGAACAACAACAACAGCAACAAAAUUAUGUAGUCUAUUCAAUGAAUAUUAGUUUUUGGCCUAAAGAAAUUAAACAAAAUAUAGAUACUUCUACAAGUUCAAUGGAUUUAGUUUGUUAUCAUAGACAAGAACUUGAAAGACAAUUAAGACAGAUACAAAUUGAAUGGAAUAACAAAGUCAAUCAUUUUCUGGAAAUAGAACAUAAAAUCAAUCUUGUUACAUAUGAUUAUCAAAUAGAAGCUAUCAAACAAGAAUUUAAUCGUCAAAAUUCAACUGAAUAUCAAAAAAAACUCAUGAAACAAUUAUGUCUAAAAAGAGACGAAAAAGAAACAACAGAACAAGAAUUAAAAUUCCUACAAGAACGUAUCGAUCAUUUUAAUGCACCGGAUCAAUCAUUUGAACAUUCAGCUAUAAUCGAUUCUAUUGAAAAUAUUGAAAUACGACAACAAUUACAACAACAAUAUCGAAAAAUAAUUCAACAAGCCAAAACUGAUUUUUAUAUGUUAAGUUUACAAACAGCUGAAGAACAACGAACUAGAGCUAGAUUAAACUAUGAGAAUCAAGUUAAUAAAAUGUAUUCCAUUCAUCAUAAUGCACUUGAUUUCACAAUAUUACCAUUAAAAAUGAUCGAUUUAAUUCAAGAACGUUGUCGAAUGAUAGGUGAACGUAUUCAAUCGGUUUAUAAUUAUAAGAUUGAAUGUUUUCGUUUGAAAUUAAAAAAAGACUAA